GAUGUAAACACACAUCGAGAGGUACCGCGUGCCUGUGUCCGCUCAGUCCGCUGUAUAUACUAACCAGAGAACUUGUUUAAUCGAUAAAACUGCUUAGAGAGACUGUUUAUCAUGUUAACCGUCGUGACGAGACCUGGCAUAAUCCCGAGGCUGUCUCGCAAUCCGUUCCUCCGUAGAAUUUCGAUCAAGAAACGAGCCGUUCUGCAACCGAGCAGGCCCGGCUACGUUGCAGGUUAUGUCAAUCACAAUUCAACAAAUUUUCUAAAGAGAAAUCCACGAACGUUCCUGCAAUCGUCUGUAAAAAAUUUCAGCACGGAUACUGGAUAUUCGACAGAAACCGAACUCAGCUCUGUGCAAUACGAGAAAGUUUGUGACGAAACUUUGGACUCGUUAACCGAGUACUUUGAGGAAUUGGUUGAAGCAGCGACGCAUUUGCCAGACGCCGAUGUGUCUUACGGAGACGGUGUCUUGACCAUAAAAUUCGGCGAGCCAUAUGGUACCUAUGUUAUAAACCGUCAAACGCCGAACAAGCAAAUUUGGCUCUCCUCUCCGAAGUCUGGACCAAAGCGUUACGAUUUUGUAAAUAGCCAAUGGAUAUACAAGCACGAUGGCAAAACCUUACAUGAACUGCUUAAUAAUGAGAUACCAGCAAUUGUAAAAAUUGAAGCGUGCUUUGACAAAUGUUCCUUCAGUGGUAGAGACAAGCUGUGAUAGAUAGUUCUCCUUGUAAGAAAAAAUAUUAAUAGAAAUUUAAUUAUGACGCGAGAAUCUAUAAGUUGAUUGAUGUUAUUACUAAAGACUAGUAGGCAUUAUUGAAGGUUUGACAAAAGUUGUACAUAAAAUUAAUAUAAAAAGCUGAGAGAAUACGAUACAUAUAUAUGUUAGUGCUGAUUUGCAAUUACAUUAAAGAAACUUCACGUGAGUAAUUUUAAUGUUAAAUCACAAUAUUGCAUAUUUGCACCACAUUAGCAAUGAAUUUCGGUAAUGGCACA